AUGUCUCAAAAACAGUACCCUUCCAUGAACCGUGUGGCCACUGAGUGUGGUUUGGCUUCCUCUACAUCCAAGGGCACUGGGCAUGUGGCGGGUGACAACACUGGGCAACCGUCUCUCAUUUCUGACACAGCCGACAAGGUCACUGCAGAGAAACGACCUACAGGUGAACCCAUCACCUCUUCUGGCCCCUUGACCGCUAAGCCAAUACCUCGUUCAGCUAUCCAGCCCAGCCCCUCCCAUCUGCCAGCAGUUGUCCUGGACGCCCCUGGUCAUGGGUUCGGUGGUGGAGAGCUGCGAUUCUCAUUGCCAGAACGACCUGGGUGGGUCAUGGUCAAAUUUGAAGGCAGCACUCCAGUGCCUUUGACACCUUCAGAAUGGUAUCCAGUUCUUGAUCCUUUCAAUUACGACUGUGUUUCUGGUCAUCUAUGGCGCACUACUGUACCUUGGCUGCAGGAUCAGUGGCCCAUGACCGAAUCUCGACUCAAACGUCUUGAGGAUGUCAUCAAAGAGGAUAAUGAACUUUUCGUGUCUGUCAACGUAUACUGUGUUAUACAUUGGCGACUAGUCGCAUCAAACAGUAUGAAGGCAAAAGCCUAUCAUUUUCAGGGGUAUCCAGAAGGUUUUUCAGCUGCGGAUCCAUAUGAUUGGCAAGGCACUCUCCCCCUCUACGACAGUCAUUCAUGGGGAUACCCCAGGAUUGAUCCAAGUGACAUUGUGGAGAACCCCACCAUUUAUCAUUUAAGCCGUCCUCACUAUCCCUACCUCACCCGCUAUGCCGAUGACCCCCCCCUCGAUUACCACAGUAUAAUACAAGAUGAUUUCCGUAACGCUAGGCCGUGGAUAAUGAGUCAACACCUUCACGAGAGGCUUGUCAAUUGGUUCGAGGUCGUCUACGAGUUAUACUUGGCCUGGAACCACCUUGUGUGUUGUAUUCAUAUUGUCCCCUUCAGGCCUUCCUGGUCUUCCCCGUCCCAUCAAUUUGCAUCCCUUUAUCCCUUCUGUCCCCAACAAACAGGCCAUAACCCUGAUCCCCUCGUUCUUGCAGACUUCUGCCGUGGCGUGUAUGAGAUGAGAGCCUGGUGCACGUACGCUAUGUUCACCAUGGUUGACGUAAUCCAUCAAUCCAUCCGCCGGCCACUGUUGCAUCAUCCAGUUGAUGAAAACAUGAUGGGCGCUACUUUCUUUGAUGACCUUGAUUUGUCCGAUAGUAAUAUAUCGACUCUUCAUCGUCACGGUGUCCCUAUUUUUCAGCCGCCCAGUCAGGGUGGAGCAACGUGUUUGAUCCAUCCACUGACAGAGGCGAAUAUGAAGCAAAGUCUUGUGUGGAUUGUUGCAGACGAGCUGGGCCUGUCUAAACCCCCUCAGCUGAUUGCCCUCCCCCAAUGUACGUCCACUGUGCUCCAAAAGCACUUUGGCAGAGGUGUUAAUAUCGAGGCUGUUGCCAAGUCAGAGGCGGUCCACCAACCAAGAGGUUUCCACGCUCAGCCUGAUCCUCGUCACUCUGCUCCUCCGCAUUUCCCUCCUCCACCUCUGCCCCCCUUGAUCUCCACCCACGUUCUCCCCCCUGUUGCACCCCCCAUUGCAGCGCCUUCCACUUCAAGUGCGCCUCCAAUUCCCAACAGCUCAGGCAGCUCGGAUAGUGGAUGUGAAUUGGAUAUAAGCACAACCAUGGUGAUGCAGCAGAAGUAUCCCCAACAGCAGGCUGGCGCAUACCUUGGGAGCGAGAUCUGUUUGAAGCGGAUAUCGGAGGAACAAGCCAAGCCAGCACUGGGUAACAAGGCUGGAAGAGGGGUGCAGACAUCCACUCUACAUCUGUAUCUUGACAAGUUGUGGCCCAAUUCACAGCGACGAGCGAUGAUGUCCGAAACCGAGCUCCAACAGUGUUGGAAGGAUAGUUUAACUAUUCUUCGAGACUCAGGAGCAUCCUUUGAGGAUCUGCCCCCAGGCGUUCUGUCUGAGCUUGCUGUCUCACGACCGGCUGUGAUGGAUGUUGAUCCACCUAGUACGAUGAGGCCUGUGGGACCACUAGCAUCAACAUCUGUGGGCCUUGUUGAGCCUCAGUUGUCAAGCAAGGUCCAGGCAGGCGGUACUGUUGAGAGGCCUCGGACACCACCAUCUCACCUCAUGAAGCGCUCUUGGUCUACAGUUCAAUCGCCUACAUCGCCCCCUCCACAGAGGCCUGCCCCAUGUCGCUCGGUGUGUCUCGACAACACCAUUCGCACUCCCAUUCGCAUUUGCAUUCCCGUUCUUGUUCCCUCUCCCCCCUUCGCAUCCCCUCUUCCCAUCAUCGUUCCCGUUCCCGUUCCCAUUCAUGUUCCCGUUGUGGUUCUCGUUCCCAUUCCUGUUCCCGUUCCCGUUCCCAUCACUGUUCUCAUUCUCGUUCCCAUCAUCGUUCUCAUUCUCGUUCCUGUUGUCGUCGUUCCCAUUGUCGUUCCCGUUCCCGUUCCCGUUCCCAUUCUCGCCCCGCCCCCCGCUCUCUCUCAUGCCCACCCACUUUCUAGCCCCCAACUCCACAGCACUCCAGUGCAGCAUCUACAAGAACAGCAAGUCGUUGGUGGCUUGCUUACUUCAACCCCGUUUGUGCGGAUUCCUGCACACAAGUGGUUCAAGGUUGAAGUAUCCACUCAAUGUUGGGAUGCAACACUGCCGCAUCACCUUGUGCCAGCAAACCUCACUGCCCAGUAUCGGUCACGUGGUGUUUGGGGUGUUAAAGGCAAUAAUGUCGCUUAUGCAUGGAGACAUACGUUCUUGCUGAAGGAAUUGAAUUUCGUGGAUUCCUUCAAGCAGUUUAUUUUCACCACGGGCCAUUUUUUCGAUGAUCACACCACCAGCAUGCUUCUCUCGAAUUUGAAGGGGAUUGCGGCUUUCGCCUCCACUGACGACCUAGUGUACAUCUCAUGUGUCUAUGAGCAUGCUAUCAACGAAUACAAGCAAGCUCUACUUUGUCAAUUGGCCCCUCCUCCUCUUCAUCAUGACAUCAUCCCUGAUGUUGUCCUGGACUAUUGGAGCUACCCACCAAUCCCUGCAAGUCCUCACCAGGUCCUCCAGAAGCAAACGCUUCAAAUUCUCAACGUCGUGGCUUUCAGAGCACAUUGCCUCAUUGCCAAGUGA